GCUUAGAGACAGAAACCUAGCAGACCGUAAACAAGAAAUCCACACAAGAACUAGUUGAUAAACUGAGGUCUAGCUUCCUGUUUCCUGUAAAGACAGCGCGAUAUUUGCCUCCUCCAAGCCCACCAGCAAGGUACAAAUGGAACAGUAAGCUGUCUGACGCUGCUUGUACAGAGUGGUCUAUUUGGAAAGAGGAGAGGAGGAAGAAAAGGCAAACCCAUCUGGAAACGGAGAAAUCCUCAGCCUUCUUCCCCGAGGAAGAGAGCAGAUUUCUUGGCCCAGAAGAGUUGGGGGAACUGUCCUGAAAGUCUCCGUUGAAAAACAGCACUGACUGGUAAUGUUUUUCAUCUUUCUCCUGCAAAACUGGGCAUUGAGGAUUAACUGGAGUUGCUGUUUUUUUUUGUAAAUUCAGAAAUAAUUACUUCUAAGGUGGAGCCUUGGGGAGGAGAAGGGGAUAUAAGGAGGGAUGAGGAAUUGAAUAUUUGGGAGUGGGGUGGCCUUUGAGACUGAAGAACAUCCAAUGAAGGAAUUGGGGUGUGUGUGAGAGAGUGAGCUGCCCCCAAAUGCUGGGAGAGGCUAAGAAGGGUGCAUGCCAUCAUAUAUAUAUAUAUUUACAUAAAUGGGUACAUCAUAUAAAUUUAAUAAACAUGUUGUGAUUAACUGAUCAACUUGUUUUAAAUUGUGACCCAACUAUAAUAGCUACCAUGCCUUUACAAGACUUGUAGCCACGUACUGUACAAAAUAUGAGCAGAGAAUUGCUCAGUUGCUGUUGGAGACAGCACGACAGCAGCACAACUCAAUUAAAUCUUGACUAGAUGACUUCUGAAGGAAUGAGAAUUGGAGCUGAAGCAUUAUUUAAGGGCUAUUAAAGAGAGCUCAGAACUGAAGCCAGAUACAAAGAUCCGUACCCUUUGAGAGGAAUGGAAGGGGACUUGUGACUGGGCAAAAGUCAAAAUGGAGUUGUAAUGACUGCUCAAAAAGUUGUGGUAAACAAAGAAGAUGGAUUUUGGCAAGACUCUGUUGAGGUGAGGUUGUGUUUUCAAACUAGCAUCUAGAGCACAAAUCUGAAAGAGAUGGGCAGUUGACAUUGGGCAAGCUAACAUUUAUUUUGUUUUAUUUCUUAUAAUGUUUAUUGUUUGCCAGCAUUGCAGGGAUAGCUAUAUGUUAGAGAAAUCAUGUAUAAUUCAGGGGUUAAACUCAAGUAUGUAUAUACAAGUGAGUACGGUCUGCAUCUUUUAAAGUUUGCAAACUAGAUAAUUCAGCAUCCUAGAUGUAUCUUUGGGGAAGAAAGUUUGAAACUGGGAGAUUUUGAGGGAAAUGGAAAACGAAGGAAUAAAGUAGCUGGCAGCUGAAAUCAGAAUAUCCAAAGAGUCUCUGCAGAUGAAGCUAGGAGGCAAAACUAGAUAAGGAAAACAAAUAAGAUUGGAAGUGAACAUUUUAGAAGCAGCAUAUUUAUUAGGUCACCUUAUUCUACCCAAAAUGCAAGCAUACCUGAAUUGAAAAGGGGAGACUAUUUUUUAAAAAUUUGGGCUGUGAGGUUUAUGGUACAAGUUAUAGGUUUCAAUGUAAAUGGGAGGACAAAUUGGCUUGCUGCACUAGAGCCUACUCUUAUGUAAAGAACUCAUAAAUAGUAUCAUAUUCUUAAACCUACAAUCCUAUCCUCAAAGACCUUGGGACAUUCAUCUAUAUCCCACAAGCACACCAGAUAGCAGUAGAAAACCCGAUCUUCCUUUUAGGAAAGGAAGGGGUUUUUGUUUUUAUUUUUAAUUUAGAUCUUCAAUCGACAACUGGGGCAGAGAAGCAAAACCUAUGGGGAACAGUGAAUGCAAACUGGACUUUUCUUCUGAUAAAAGCCUAAGAAGCGGGGUCCCCUCUGGAUGUCAGCAGCUUCUGGAGAGCUCCAGAGGAAUGAUUGAGCUGUUAUGUAUGCUGAACCAUCCACCAUGAAUUUCCGGAACCAUGGGUUCUUUCGCCGUUCUCCGCCCACUUCGGUGGCGAAGCCAACUCCUGCUGCUGGGAACACAUUGUCAGUCUUAGGAGGCAUUGCUCAAAUCUCUCCUUGUCUCUAUCUCUGCUCUGGCAAUGCUGCAUCGAAUAGACACAUGGUGUACUCCCGGGCAGUGACCUGUGUGGUAAACGCUACCAUGGAAAUCCCCAACGCCAACUGGCCAGAUAUUGACUAUGUGAAGGUGCCUGUUCCGGACCUCCCCCAUGCUCCAUUAUCUUUGUACUUUGACUCCGUGGCUGAUAGGAUACACCAGACAGGGAAGAAGAACGGAAGAACUCUAGUCCACUGCGUGGCAGGUGUCAGCCGGUCUGCCUCCCUCUGUAUUGCUUACCUAAUGAAAUAUCAUCGGUUGAGCCUCUUGGAUGCUCACGAGUGGGUGAAGAGCAGGCGACCGGUUGUAAGGCCCAACGUAGGUUUCUGGAGACAGCUGAUUGAAUAUGAACGCAAGCUGUUUGGGAAGAAUACCGUCAAGAUGGUGCCUUCACCCAUUGGGUUGGUCCCAGAUGUCUAUGAAAAGGAGACCCGUGGGCUGGUCCCCUUGUGGAAUUUGAGAUAAAGACUAUCAUUGAAAUGGGCUGUGGGCCACCUUGACUUAGAAUGAAAAAGUUCCACCGUGUUAGGAUGUUUUAACAGGAUUGUUCAGUGUGGUGGAUCUUAAUAAGAAAUUCUGUUAAUGGUAGUCUUUUUCUAAGACUUGCAAUAUGAGUAUAGUAGAUCAUGGAAAAGACAUGAGUUGCUUGAACUUUUCAGUGUGAUAGACAAUGCUGUUCGUUAUCAUCCUAUCAAACAUUGCUAAGAACCUGUAUCUUGCUUACAGUCUGAGAGGAGAAUGGUUAAACACAAACAUAUAGGCAGUAAAGAUUACUAUCUAACGCAGAGACUCCAAGGUCUUUAUAAAUUAAUCUUUGCAUAAUAAGGAGACAUAUCCUUCCCUUUUCUUCCCUCUUCUGCUUCAAGAGUUUCAGAAAUCCUUCCUUGGGUUUGCUUUAAUUUGAAUAAGCACAGUACACUUUCUGAAGAAUCAAGCCCUAAGGUGAUGUGAAAUAAAACAAUGAUUCAUCCAAAGAGUCAGGAUUUUGAGGAAUGCACAUACACUCUAAACAGCAGUAGCCAAGAAGCUGAGAUAGCACAACUAUAAACAAUAGGCAUAAGAUGCCAACUCUACAAGGGAAUGUUAUUUCAUACAGACAUUCACUAAGCAGGUUGCAACUUGGCCAUGGUAUUCUACUUGUGGGGAAGAUAGGAAUUUUUUAACAUUGGCUCAGGUUACACUCAAACAGGGUAGAGAUGUAAUUAGAAAGGAGUUGAAGAACAAAACGCCUGUCAAGCCUUCUUCAUACCCCUUGUUAAGAUUCAAGAGUAUGUACCAGGAAAGCUUUCUCAACACACUGCACCUUAAAAAAGAGAGAAAAAGAAGAUCUUGAAAGUUAACACUUUCACAGUCAGGUGAGAAGUGCAACUUCAAAAAUGUUUAAAGCUGCACAGUGAACAAUUAGUAGAGUCACAAUUUGGUAUGAGCAAGCAGUCCUUUAGUUUUGAUUGUGUGAUUUGUAGUAUUUUAUAACAAAGAGGAUUCCUAAGUGAAGCCUUUCUAAUACAAAGGUAUAAAAUUGGAAGGUGUAUCCAGAGUUGAGCGAAUAUCAAGUGAGGUCUAAGUGUAUUACAGUGUUUCUCAACCUUGGCAGGUUUAAGAUAUGUUGACUUCAAUUCCCAGAAUUCCUCAUCCAGUAUGGCUGGUUGGGGAACUCUGGGAGUUGAAGUCCACACAUCUUAAGCCUGCCAAGGUUGAGAAAUACUAGUGUAGUAGAGGAUAUCAAAUAGGAGGUGGGGUGUCCAAACCGCUCAGCAUAUCAAAAUGGUUUAAAUUAUUAAAGCAUGUGUUUGAACAAUACAUCCAUAAUAAUUAUAGGAAGAUAUAAUAAAAAUGGUGAAAGAAUGAAUCGGAUUCCCUUUAAAUAUGUUGAAAUGGUAACUUCCAACUUUUAUAGUCAGUAUGGCCUUGAUCAGUUGUUGUCAUUCCAGCAUACCGAGAGGAAGAACCAUGUUUAAAGACAGCUGUCUAUUAGGGACAAAUUUUGGAUGUCAGCCUAAAUGGAAAAGGCCCAGAUGUGUUUUUGUAUAAACAUCACAUAAGCAUAGUCAACUCUAUAACCAACAAGUGGGUCUAUGCUUAUAAAAGGAAUGGCUUAGCAACAUUUCAUAACUGUAUUUCUCUGUCCAGAACAAAGAAUAUAGUUCAUCCCCCAUCUUGAUUGUAUUGACUUUUCAAUACAAUUGCUAACGGGGCUUUUCACAAAACAGUAUCUUAAGUUUUAUAUGGAAGUUGAAGUCCACAAUUUCACUGAGAUUGAGAAACAUUGGUAUAGGCCAUCUAAGCAAGCAAUUCAGAAACCUAUUUCAUUUAUGUAGAUAGAAAAUAGUCACUUCCCAUAUUUACAAUAAAGAAUCUGAAAGGAUAGUACAUUUUUUGGAAGCAAAGUUGUCUUUCUUAUAGAUCUUACUUUUUAAUGGAUAUGUAACAGCUUGUAUAUCUGCCAUGAAAAAUGUCUCAUUUUUCAUGGGGACAGGGAUAUGAUAUAUGAUAAUACAGGGGUGACUUUUUGUGAGGAAGAAAACUCAGGUGGAUUAUUUUAACUUUUUGUUUGUACACUGUUCUAGCACUUCCUGCACCAUAAUUAUUAGUGCCUGCAAAUUUGUCUAGUGAAGGACAAUGGCAUAUAAAUGCACACCGUUUUGCAUAAAGUUAAAAUUUUCAUUUCCCCCUAUAUAUAUUUUUAGUUGUUCAAGCAGUGGUAUUAACAGAAGGGUUUGGGACUGAAACCAUGAUUAGAAGUGAUCCACCUCCCUAUCAGAAGGAAACGUAAAUCUCCCCAAAACUCAAUCUACCUCCCUCCCUCUCAUAGUAUUUGCUUCAUUUUAUCAGAGUUUAAAGACUAAACAGGGUCAGAUCUUUGUAAUAUUUGGAUAGAAACCAUUAGUGGUGUCUUAAGACAUGUCGAGGAAGUCACCAGAAGACAAGCUCAACUCGAAAGAGAUUACCUUUUUAUCUUCCAAAAUGUUCAUGUCUGAAUGGGUAGUUUUAAAACCCUUUUAAGACUGAAUAUGGCAUUAGCAAAUCUAAGAAUUGUGCAGGUGUUCAGAGUAUACCUUCCUUGCAAAGUAACUUUUGGGUUGGAUCCACAAGUAGAACUUCAAGAGACUCCAAGAAAGAAUUUGCUCCAGGGUUUUUCACACAAGCUGGUCUUCCUUUCAAAUGGCAAAUGUGUGUGUAUAUAAUAAGUUAUCUAAGGCUCUGCUUCUUAGCCUUGGCCACUUGAAGAUGUAUGAACUUCAAUUCCCAGAAUUUUGGGAUUUGAAGUCCACACAUCUUCAAGUUGCCAUGGUUGGGAAACGUUGAUCUAAGGUCUCUGUAUACAUUGUACAUAGAAAAGAGCUGUUGAUAUAAAAGUUCUGAUGUCUUUUGACUUCAGUGACAAAAAGGUCUAUAUAUAAAUAAAAAAAAAGAGAGAACCAGCAGCUUCUUGCAGCAUUAUUGCCAGUUUUACGGUGGGUGUAUUAUUUUAUUAUUUAAAACAUUUAUAUAGGAUAUAUAGAAAGAUUUAAAGUACAGCUCAAGGGAGAUAAGCUGCUUGUGCAGUAAGUUCCAGAUUUAAUCCUUGAUCACUUCAGUUAUCUCUUCCCGAUUGUGGGUAGUCAGAAUACAUUCCUACACUGGAUCACCAGUAUUCUUUGAAUGAGGAAUAGAGAUUUGCUUAACAAUUGCAGUGAUUCAUGGCAAAAAAAAAGUUGUAAAAUUAGGUUCAACUCACUUAGUAACUACCUUGCCUAGCAAUGGAAAUUCUGGUUCCAGUUGCGGGCAUAAGUCGAGGACUACCUGUACACACUAUCUUUCAGACCUAAUUGAAAUUGGUUAAGAAUUGCCAUACUCUUCUUCCUCUCUAAAUAUUGAGACUGUUAAGCAGAAUCUGAAUUAGCAAGGUCUAUAUAGUUCCAGCCAGAGCCCUGUAGAGAUGUAACAUGCAUGAAAACACUGACGAAGUGGCAGCCAUUUUCCUGUAUGCCAACUUUUUCAAAGUUGGGACCAUUAAGAUGUGUGGACUCAGUUCCCAGAAUUCCCCAGCCAGUAUGCUAAUCCCAUACUAUCCCAUCCAGUUGCCUCUGAUCAUGUUUAGUGAUGUUCUAUUGCAACUCUGAAAAUGGCUGUUACUGAGAAGACCAUGAAAGUUCCAUUUCCCAGGUUAGACAGCCUGCUGCAUUAGACUUAGCAACUGAAUCUAUUUAAAAUAAAACUAUAGCAAGGCAGCCAUUCCAGAGAGAUAAUUUGCUCAUUAUAAAGGAAAUGAUGCUGAAUUAAUCAGCAAACAGAAUAUAGAAUAAGAGUUGGAAGAGAUCUUAAAGGUCUUCUAGUCCAACCCCCUGCUCGAACAGGAGGUCCUAUACCAUUCCAGACAAUUUCUUCUUGAAAACCUCCAGAAAUGGAACAUCCACAACUUCUGUAGGUAAGCUGUUUUCACUGACAGGAAAUUUUUCCUUAGUUCCAGAUUGGAUCCUUUUUGAUAAGUUUCCACCUGUUACUUCUUGUCCUGUCCUCAGAUAUUUUGGAGGCCGGCCCAUUCUUCUUUGUGACAGCCCCUCAAGAACUUAUAUACAGCCAUCAUGUCACCCCUA